CUAUAAAAUAAAUGUAAUCCGCAAUGCGAAUGGUAGAUCACUUUAGAUACUGAACGUGCAUAAGUGUCUUGGAUUUAAAAUGGGUGUGAGUUUAAAAUGUGUUAUUUUUUUGGCCUUAUUAUUGGUGACUUUAUCUUCAGCCAAUCCCACAGUGAAGAAAGGCGGAGGUGGUGGUGGUGGUGGUGUUAAGGGUGGUGGAGGCGGAGGAUCAAAUGGGGGAGGAUUUGGAGGCGGUGGUGGACAUGGCGGUGGAAAAGGGGGAAUUAAGAAAGGAUGAAAAGCAGCAGAGGAUAUAAACGACUUCGGCAAUAAUGUAUUUGGAUAAUAAUUUAGAUUAUUAGUGUUAUGUAUAUCAGUAGUAAUGUAAUUUAAUAAUAGUAGUGUUGUAAUAUAUUACUUGUAUUGGGAGAAUUGUAGUGUUAAAUAAAGUAUUAGCAACAAA